AUGUCUCUCAACUUUAACACCAAGUCCAAUUCCAGAACCAGAGUCCCUUACAAUGUGGGUAAGAAGUAUCAGUGUGAAUUCUGUCGUAGUAGCUUCGGAAAGAGCAUUGGGCUUACAAGGCAUCGCAAAGACACAAAGUGUGGCAAGAACUCGUAUAAGUCUCGUACAGCCAGCUCUUCCACUGCAGGCAACGCUGAAGUAUCUGUGAAUACUACCGAAAACACCUUUGUUGAAUCAGAGGACGUUGACAUGGGGGAACCUAUGGAGUACUGUAAGUAA